GCAGGAGUGUAAUUUCUACCUGUUUAAAACUUGGUAAUGUUUAUUAAAAAAUGAUAAAUUCAUGUAAUGACCUCCUUGUAUCAAUAAACGGGAUCUUUUAAGAAUAAGUCGAUAAGACCGCGCUUUUUGGCGACCUCAAUUCAUGCAACUCCCCCUCGCUACGAAUACCCAUUUUUUGAAUGAAACGGCGGAGUUAAUUUCGGGUCGAAUGUGACGUGUCAGUAUAUGGAUUCCCAGUGAUGCAUUUUUGUUAAAAACAUUUUGAACCAAGAUGCCUAAUAUAACACUUGAAUUUCGACAUCUAGUCGAGUCCAAAGCUCUCACAACACCUCGUAAGCCAAACACAAAACGUCGAGAAAAAAACACGGACGAGUCUUACGACCUUUUCACCAAGGAGGCGUAUCGUAUAUAUCAACAUAUCGACAGUCUCAAACGUUUCCUUUUGACCAUUCGUCCCGCAUAUCUCAGUACGAAUAACCGGUCAUCUCGAACCACUGUACGUAAAACAGAACUAACAGCACCCGAAGCAAGUAAUGGUGAUUCCUUGUUUGCGUUAUUUGCAGGCAACAUUCAUAACUUGACUGAUCGUGAACGCGAUGAAAUCGAUUUCCAAGCAAAGCUAAUUAUUCGUCGUUGUAUCGAUAGAAUAAAGGAAUUAGAGACUUCUGAAAAGUUAAGGCAGCAGCAAGAAGCAGCCAAACCAACGCAUUUAUUAGCACAAUUUCUUAGUGCAGUGCUGCCACCCAAUACCGAAGAUGUGCUGUCUGUCCAUCGUAGUAGCAUCACUUGGCUAUUGAAUCAACAGCUGAUGAAAGUAUCACAAAUACAAAAAGAUCAACAAGAAAUAAGACUUAUGCGUGAAAUUGAAAAGAGUGAAAACCAGCUUUCAAAAUCCACGUUUAACGAUACCAAAUCAUUUGUUCCGCCGACAGUCGAAUCUUACCAGCCCGAACAAGAACCAGAGAAUCCGUUUGAACAGCAACUUUCACAAGAACAAGUGCAAAUGUUGGAAAAAGAAAAUUCUAUUAUGCUGGAAGAUUUGAACAAUACGCUGAAUCAAGUCAAAAGUGCAGAAAAGGCGUUACUCGAAAUCUCGACAUUACAAACACAGUUAACAAAUCAUCUGGCUGUCCAAACAGUGCAAACCGAUAAGCUAUAUGCCGAUGCCAUUGCCACAACAGAUAAAGUUGGACAAGGUAAUAUGCAGCUGAUGACAGCAAGAGAGAGAAAUAGGAGCAGCAGAAAGUUUAUGUUGAUAUUCUUGAUCGGUGCCAGUUUUGUACUAUUGUUUUUGGAUUGGUACUCUUAAGUUAGUAAUAGUAAUAAUAAAAAAGCAGAUGAAAUCUGCUUGUACAGUAUUUUUGCCCAAGGCUUUCCAAUUGUCACAAUUGGCAUAAAUUGCUUAGAUAAUUAGUGAUAAAAAGGUUACAAGUGUAGUAUUUUAAAUCAUUAAAUCAUAUACUUCUAAGAAGAUUGUAUGGCAGAGGAAAAGAGUUUGCGUCACAUAGUUCCAACUUGAGAAUUAGACUGCACUAGAGCUGGUAUGAAAGCUGAGAGGCGGAAUCUAUACUCUUGACCAUUGGAUACUCUUUUGUUGUAAUUUUAAAAAGAGAUGCAUAUACCAUGCGGGAAUUCUUAAACUACAUAUAUUUAGGGUGUUACUUACAGUAGAGAAAUAUGCUUGAAAUGUUU